UGACCUUGAUAAAAGAGGUCAAAGUGAACAACAAACAAGGAGCGCUAGGAGCGUGAGUGAUGGCAACUCCUAAUUACUCGACGCUUGUUGCAAGUGUGAGAAAAACAUUUAAUUCCGGAAAAACAAAAUCUGUUGAAUGGCGACGGAAACAGAUACAAAAUGUAAUUCAACUCAUUGAAGAUAAGAAAGAUGAAAUUUGUCAGGUUGUCAAAAAAGAUAUGCGCAAGUCUGAAUUUGAAGCAAUCCUGAAUGAAGUUACCCUGACAAAGAAUGAGGGAUACUAUGCACUGAAUAACCUAGACAGCUGGGUAAAACCAGAGAAGGUGAAGAAGGAUUUAUUGAACAUGUCAAAUGAUUGUUUUAUCAAGAGGGAACCAUAUGGUGUGGUACUUAUUGUCAGCCCAUGGAACUAUCCUGUGCAGCUUGCAUUGGCACCCCUCAUUGGAGCUCUGGCUGCAGGUAACUGUGUUAUUAUCAAGCCUUCUGAAAUGACUGAAGCCACAGCAGAAUUUCUAGAAAGAACCAUUCCACAAUAUUUAGAUCAGGACUGCAUAAAAGUAGUGACAGGGGGAGUACCAGAGAUAUCUUCACUUUUGAAGGAGAGGUUUGACUACAUCUUUUACACUGGGAACACAAUGGUUGGCAAGAUCAUGAUGAAAGCUGCAGCAGAAAACCUUACACCAGUUACACUAGAACUUGGAGGGAAAAGUCCUGUGUAUAUUGACAGCAACUGUGAUUUUGAUGUAGCAGCAAAGAGAAUUCUCUGGGGGAAGUUUGUCAAUGCAGGGCAAUCAUGUAUUGCCCCAGACUACAUUCUUUGUACGGAGGAGGUCCAGGCACGCUUUCUUGACAGCAUGAAGAGAGCAAUUCAGCAGUUUUUUGAAGAAAAGAACCCAAAGCAGUCUGACUACUAUUGUAGGAUUGUGAAUAUCAGACAUUUUCAUCGCCUGAAGAAGAUGUUGAAUGGGGCUCAAAUUGCAUUAGGUGGAGCCACUGAUGAACAGGAUUUGUUCAUUGAACCUACGGUACUUGUAGAUGUAAAACCUGGUGAUGCUGUCAUGCAGGAGGAGAUAUUUGGUCCAAUCCUACCUAUUAUAACAGUUAAUGGUGUUGAGGAGGCUUUGGAAAUGAUUAAUGAGGGGGAAAAGCCCCUUGCGCUGUAUGUCUUCUCUCAUGACAAGAAACUUGCCAAACGAAUCCUGGAUUGCACAAGCAGUGGCAGUGCCUGUAUCAAUGAUGUCAUGGUUCAAUUUGGACUAAAUACUCUGCCAUUUGGUGGUGUUGGUCACAGUGGUAUGGGUGGUUACCAUGGAAAACAUUCAUUUGAGACCUUCUCUCACAGACGCUCAUGCCUCAUGAAGGCGCUGAAUAUGGAAUCUGUAAAUGGGCUGCGAUAUCCUCCCUACACUGAGAGAAAAAAGAAUUUUAUCAAUUGGGUUAUUGGUGGUAAAGGGAAGAAAUCAAGUGGUCCUCCUUUCAUUCCAUUUCUUAUUUUGGGAGUGUUACUUGCAGUGGUAUUCAAGUUUGGGCUGCAUACUCAAGUUAUGACUUGCUUUGAGAAAUAAUAUGCCAGAAAAACAUGAUCUGUGAUGGAGCCCAAAUGAGCAUCUUUACGAAAGGUGGAUAAGUAAAUGACAAGAGAAAAUAAGGACUUCGUUAACCUUUCCAAGAAACAAGGAUAGAGAAUUUUAAAGUAAAUUUUGUCGCAUUCAAAAAUAUACUCUUGGGUGGUGCUGGCCUUAUAUUAAAGAUACACAAGUGUCUUUUUGAGUUAACUUUGUCUGGUAAAUUAAAUUAUUGAGAAAACAUUUAAAUCCCAGAAUUGGGAUAACUUGACCAGAUUUGGACAUUGAAGCGUUAAUUGUAUUUUUUAUGCAAAAUAUAAUUCGAAUAGUAAAUAUAGCAGAGUAGAAAGAUUUACUUGGCUUAGUUUAGACAUGCCAAAGACCUAUACCUCAUAGAACCUGUGAUAGACAUUGACCUUGGUUUGUGAGAUGCCUUAUGUACAUGCAAGGUACUAAAACUUGGAAAAUAUAAGAGGGUGAGCCAAUAUAUAACCAGCCUAACACAUCUCCGAUCAACCGAGACAUCCACGAUUUUCACGCAUUGUUUCAAUACAUGUAUUGUACCUGGGUACAAAACUACACAUGAAUAUGGUCAUUUGUUUGUCAGAUAUUGAAUGUCAAACAUGGCUAGUGAUGUAAAAGCAAGCUUUUCAUCAAAAAUGGAGUACCGUGCUGGAAUUCGGUACUUGCAUUUAAAAGGUAAAACUGGUAAGGACAUACAUGCCGAGUUAGUUGAUAUGUAUGGGUCUUCUGCACCAUCUUAUGCGCAAGUAAAAUUCUGGGUUGGGGAGUUUAAACGCAGUAGAACAUCUUUAGAAGAUGAAGCCAGGUCUUGUCAGCCAAGUCGUGGCCACAGUUGAGGAGUGGUUCAAUGGAAAGGAUCCCGACUUCUUCACUUCUGGGCUGAUUGCACUUGAACAUCGUUGGUCCAAGUGCAUUGCCCUGGAGGGAAAUUAUAUUGAAAAAGAAGUAGAUCUCAACCCGAAAUAGGUUAGGCUGGUUAUUUAUUGACUCGCCCUUGUACUUCAGAUUAACUUUUUGAGCAUUUUAUUGUUUAAGUCUGAAUUAGGAAAGAUGAACUCUGCAGGAUAAAAAUGACUGGGACAGCAUUAAAUACAUGCAGGAUACCUUAAUUUCAUGACUUACAGCCCUGCUUGGAUGUAACUACUUAACGACCAUGCCAGAACUUGAUUGUAAAUUAAUUUCACUAUUUCAAUUGUGGUUUGUACACAUUAGAAAUAAAAUUAUGAAAUAUUGUCUU